AUGGGCUUCACAACUGGCUUCAUCGGCGGCAUUGCCCUAACAUCUUCCCUCUUCUACAUCUCNCUGAACCUCCACGAGCGCAACCGCCUAUACCAAUCACAUCUGCUGCGCCAACAAUCAAAUCUCUUGCGCAACAUCACAGACCCUCAACCCAAGGAGCCCUCACAAACUGCCCGUCACCUAGUCCCUGGCCUCGCCGACCGCCUCAAGUACCGCUGGAACACCGAGCUGGAGGCCGCCGUAAGGAAAAUUCAACACUUCAACUGGGAGCAAUGGAGAGCAGAUGCCGAAGACAAGGUUUCUGCUGUAUUCAGCAAAGGUCUUGGCAGUGCUGUCGACGAGGCUGAGAAGAAGACUACUUGA